AUGUCUAUUCCUUAUAUUGAAAAUGUAUAUUUUCAAUCUGUAAGUUCAAAUUCAGAUGUAACUGUACGUUUUAAUAAUUCAUGUCAAGAAUGUCUAUGUGAAAGUCUCUUUGGAAAUAUCAGCAAUAAUGAUUAUGUUGCAUUAAAUUGUUUUACAAAUAAUACAUGUCAAUUUUUUCAAUAUUUCCCUACAUCAUAUAAAUUAAGUGUGUCUAAUGGAACUCGACUCUAUUUUCUUCAACAACAAUUUCCUAAUGCGAGCAAAUGUUGUAUAUCAAAUAUAACUGAACUUAUGGAUCGAUUACAAACUGUGACACCGACUACAAUAAAUCUUACAUUUAAACCUGCAGCAUUUGGAUAUGAUCCAUCUGUACCAUCGGAAGCAGCUAUUAUUGGUUACGAUUCAGGUAAUUUAUACUGGUUCAAUCCGCUUACGACGGCGUUUAUAAGAAAUACUUCGAUAGACACUACACUUACUCUUGCUUUGUAUGAAAAUCAAACAUUCACAGCUAAUAAUGGCAUUUCUGUUAUUAACAUAAGAGAUAAGCAAACAAAUAAUUAUAUCAAUAACGUCAGUUAUCCGAGUUUGGGUUCAGUUCGUAAAAUUAUUUUUAUAAAUGAUGGACAAACAAUGGUAGUUUCUACACAAAACAAUCUAUCAUUGAGUGUUUUUGAUGUUAAUUCUCCCAUGAAUUAUACAUAUCGAGAACAAAUUCCAGUUCCAUUAUUAAAUGCUCAUGGUAUCGCCAAAGUUAAUGAUACUUUUUUGUAUGUAUCAUCAUGGAGUGAUCAAAGUAUUGCUUCAUGUAAAUAUGAAAAUGCAAUGUGGAAUCAAACGAUAUUUGUUAAUUAUACAAUAACUACCGCUGGUUCUCAUAUAGCAGUAGAUGAUUGUGAAAGAGUUUGGUUUAUUAAUACUCAAUUUGGUUUGCGUAUUUAUGAUUCAUCCGGCACAGAAAUUUCCAAUUGGAAUAUGAGUUUAAGUUCUACUAAUACUAUAUAUGAUAUUCUUCUUCUUCCUAAUUAUGUCUUAUUGAUUACACACGUUGAACACAUGAAAAUAGUUCAAUAUGAUCCACAAAUGACAUGUUCAUAA